CUCCAUCGCUCAGUAUAUAAAGCAGGACAACGACGGAAGGAGGACGGCUGGGGAGUCGCAGCCCGGGAUUGUAAAUAAGACCGCAAAAACUGUGUUUUAUUUACAAAAGUGAUGCCGGCUGUUUUAAAAUAUCGUUCCCAGUUGUUUUAAACCGUUUUUCGUAAUUUUUGGCUCUAUUUCUCGCCUAUUUCCGUGUGGUUUUUACACUACGCGUAUAAUGGCGAGCUCGGCUAACUCGAACCCAGUGCCUAAACUAUACAAGUCUGUGAUUGAGGAUGUGAUCAACGAGGUGCGAGAGCUGUUCCUGGACGAGGGAGUGGAUGAGCAAGUGCUCCUGGAGCUGAAAACGCUAUGGGAGAACAAACUGUUGCAGUCCAAGGCAGUGGAGGGCUUCCAUACUGAGGAACAGGCAGCCCUGCAGGCCGCUCAGCAACAGCAGCAACAACAACAGCAGGUUCAGCCUGUCCAACAGGUCCAGCAAGUUACCCAGCAAGCGCAGACCCAGCAAGUCAUCUUGCCCCCCCAACAGCAGCAAGCUCCCCAGCAGCAAGUCAUUGUUCAGGAUUCCAAGAUUCUACAGCACAUGAGUGCAACGGGGAUGAGUGCAGCAGCUACCGCGGCAACCCUUGCUUUGCCUACAGGGGUCUCCCCAUACCAACAGCUCAUCACCAGCCAAGGUCAGAUCCUGCAGGUUGUCCGCGCCCCCAACGGGACUCAGUACAUCAUCCAGCAGCCUCAGCAGCAGAUCCUCCUGCAGCAGCAAAUGCAGCCCGGUGGCGUGCAGGCCCCGGUCAUACAACAGGUCCUGGCUCCUCUGCAGGGAGGCCUGCCCCAGCAAACAGGAGUCAUCAUCCAGCCGCAGCAGAUCGUCUUAGCAGGAAACAAAGUCCAAGGCGGUACACAGGUGAUGCAGGCAGCUAUGGCGCCGCAGCCCGGUCAGGCGGCAGCAGCAGCAGCAGCUCAGGUCCAGCAGAUUCAGCAGGCCCAGGGUGCAGCUGCACCACAGGCCCAACAGCAGCCCCAGGCGCAGCAGGCCCAGGCUCAGGCUCAAGCCCAGCCUCAGGCACAGCAGCCUCCCAUGAUGCUGCAGGUGGACGGAGCCGGAGACACCUCUUCAGAAGAGGACGAGGAUGAGGAGGAGGAGUAUGACGAAGACGACGAAGAGGAGAAAGACAAGGACGGGGGAGAGGACGGGCAGGUGGAGGAGGAGCCUCUGAACAGCGGGGAUGAUGUCAGCGAUGAGGAGGACCAGGAGCUGUUUGAUACAGACAAUGUAGUGGUGUGCCAGUAUGACAAGAUUCACAGAAGUAAGAACAAAUGGAAAUUCCACCUGAAGGACGGGAUCAUGAAUCUGAACGGGAGAGACUAUGUCUUCUCCAAAGCCAUUGGGGAUGCCGAAUGGUGAAGUAGGAAAAAAAAAACAAAACAACAACAACAACGACAACAACAAAAAAGCAAAACAGACAAAGCAACAGGAGCAGGAACUCUGUAACUCCUUCUAUCCAGUUAACAGACUGUUCAAUAUCCUUCCAUAUCCUGUGACUGGAUUCAUUUCAGGAAACUUCUUCUGAGUCUUUGAGAACUCUUGACAAACCCAAAGGACUGUGAGGUACCGUACAAAAAACCCCCGAGUGUCGUCAAUAACACUCGACUAGCCUUGCGGGACGAGAAACCUACAGGGGGAAGGGAAAGCCUGCGAAUAGAGCGCUCUCUCUUUUUGUUUCUCUACCUAUUUCCUGAGAGAAUUCACACACAUUGGAAAGUAAGGCAUUUCACAUCGUACAGGUGUAGUGGACCAGUGUGACCUGACCUGCCCCGCCACAGGAGGUCAGAGGUCAUUCAUUAUAACCCCCCCCCCCCCCCCCCCCCCCCCCCCCCGUAGAUGAAAAAAAACACCUUCAAAAAUGCACUGUAGUCGGUUGACUGGAUUGACUCGUGUCUACAUUUAAGUCCAAACUUAGUGCCACCAGUCAAGAUCGCUGCCUUUAGAACGGCCAGAAUCAACUUUUUUGGCUUCUAAUUUUUUUUUGUUCUCGGAUCAUAAUCCUGUCUCAAUUCUCAUGUUUAUGAAAAUGGUGCUCCAGAGUGUUUUAUGUAGUUAACCUGUUAUUGUUUUAAACAUUUUUUUUUAAGAAUGUGUUUGAAGGGUUAAUACAAAGAAGGUAGAAAUUACAUUAAUCUUAAAAUAACUAAUAGUUGUGUAAAGGCUUUUUUUUUUUUUUUUUUUUUUAAUCUUCUGAGUGCUGAAUCCAAAAAAUAUUGUUCUUUUUUCCCCCCAAUCAGCUUCUCUGGAGCUUCAUUCCAACAACAAAAAAAAAAAGAAAGAAAGAAAGAAAAG